AUGGGCGACGAGGGCUGCGACGACGCGGGAGCGUCGCUGCUGUCGCACGAGAGCGAGCCGGAGUGGGCGCAAGUGGCGGGCAUGGCGAGCGACCUCGUCGUCACCAUCGGCCAGCGCGCCUUCCACGUGCACCAGUACCCGCUCUUCUCCCUGUCAACGGUUAUAGCGAACGCAGCAGCAGCAUCGGACGAGGGCACGGGCCCCAUGCAAGCGGACCUCUCGUUCCUCCCUGGCGGCGCGCUCUCCUUCGUCCCCAUCGCCUGCUACUGCUACGCCCGCCCCUGCCGCCUCUCGCCCCACUCCGUGCUGCUCGUGCGCUCCGCAGCGUCACUGCUGGAGAUGAACGCGUGUGGGCCCAGCCACGCACUGCCGCUGCCGCAGCUGGCAUCGCAGCGCUUGCAGCACUUCCUGCAGCAAUGGCCGCACUGCCUGCACGUGCUCUCAUCUUGCAGCGCUCUGCCACCAUCCAACGAUGCCAGAGCAGCACGGGCUGCGGCUGCUGAUGCUGCUGCCUCUCUUCUCAUCGCUCGCACCAAAGCUGCAGCAGCAGCAGCAAGCGAAGCAUCAAAGAAAGCAGCAGGCGGGGCAGCAGGCGGGGCAGCAGAGCAGCAGGGCGAUCUGAUGAAGCUGGCUCUGAGGGACUUCUGCCUCGUGCUCAUCAGCGCGCAGAAGCAGGGCAUGAGCACGCAGCGGCUGAGCAGUCUACUAGAGCCCUACUACUGGCAGUGGGCACACGACUGGCGGCAGCAGGGGCAGCAGCGGCAGCAGCAGGAGGAGAAGCAGAAGCGGCAGUGGGACACGGCGUAUGGGGAUGUUCCCUUGGUCACUGAUAAGCUCGACUGGCAGGAAGCUUUCAGGCAGGCCCUGCAGCAACUCUCGCGUCUCCUCCCCGACCCCGCCACCGUGCCUCUCUCCACUGAUCUGCUCUUCCACCUGCUGGCAGACGCCUGCCUCUGCGCCAUGCCGCGCUCCUCCCUGCUCUUCCUCUUCCAAGCUGCCUCACACCGCCUCACGAGGGAUGUCGGGGUUGAGAAGCAUCUGCUGCCCCUCCCCAUCCCCUACGUCCAUGCCAUGGUAACUGCAUUCGUAGCAGCUCAAGAGGGGCGGCCCCCAGCUCAGUCCCAGAGCGACCUCACCAGAGCAGCAGCUCUCAUCGAUCAAUUCCUGGCAUGCCGAUGCCAAGCCAUGGGCCCACCGAUUCACGCCACUGCUACUAGCGGCAGCGGCAGUAGCAGCACAGCAAGUAGUGGCAGAACCACUAGUAGCACAAUAUCAAGCAGCAACACGGAUAGUAGCAGCAGCGGCAGCAGCAGCAAAGUCGAAGCACGAGUGAGUGCGGGCGAGUUGAAGCGGGUGGUGCGGGCCUUCUCUCCCCACGCACGGCCCAGCCACGACGCCCUGUGGGGAGCCGUGAGCGCGUUUGCAGCGAGCGGCGAGGAGGAAGGGGACGUGCUGAGCGUGUGUGAGCUGAUCCACGUGGAGCGCAUGUCGGGGGCCGUGCAGGACGAGGCUAUCGCGUGCGCCCACACGCCGCUGGCUUUCACCGUGCGCGUUCUCUGUGCUCAGAACCAGGCACUAAAGACAGGGUCACAGGGGUGGAUGGAUGAGAUCAGCAGCCUCAAAGCACAGCUGCAGCAAGCCCAUGAGGAAGCGGAAGCAGAGAGAAGCAAGCGGCGGGCAGCAGAGCAGCAGGUGGAGGUGGAGAGGGCAGCAGGGCGGCAGGCGCAGGAGGCGAUGCUGAGCAAGGUGCGCGAGCUGGUGGACGAGGUGCGGGGGCUCAAAACCCACAAUUCGGACCUGCGGCAGAAUCUUGCUAUCCUGCAGGCCUCCAUGAGUGUCAAGAAGAAAACACUCUUUCUCAAGAAGUAA